UAUCAGUUAAUUAAUAAAUUACGACGCUUUUGUAUCAUUUCAAAGAAUAAAAAACUGAUCCUACAUACGUAUGUAACGAAUUUUCAUCUCAAAAGUGAAUUAAAAAUAUGGUUUCAAAUAUCACAACUGUUUUGAAAGAAUAAAAAACUACUCAAAUACGUAAGGCUUCACCAAUUUUACAAAUCGGUAAUUCGGUAAUAAGUUUCGUAAAUAACUCUAACGAGUAUUGGUUUUCAAUUGAAAUAUAAAUAAUUCGGGCAUACCAUUAUUACGAAGAAUUUGAUUAGAAAACUAUGCUCAUUUGAGACAAUCAAAAUUUUCGUGUUCUCGCUCCAAAAUAACUAAUUCUGAUGUCAUGCCUUACGUUCAGAAAGGUAGAUUGAAUUUUAAGCCAACUAACCCUUAUUUUAAUUUCAGACGACCCUUUUUGGGUCCUGAAAAAACUGUCCAUCGACAUCGUGUCUCACACCGUAAUGAAAAAACUAAAUUUCGCCAUUUGCUCAUUCAAUUCGACACUUCUAUUGUUACAAACGAUUCACAUCAUUACCAGUACUAAUAAAAUAUUGUUAAUGUCAGCUUAUGGGCCCAUGAUGGGAUUCUCGUGUUUUGUCAUUUUCCAAGCGCUUGCCCAAACAGUUUACGAGAAAACUGUCCUAGAGCUUUUGUGUGAAUUCUAUUCCCUAUACUGGCCGCUGGAUAACGUCAAUCCUGGCAAAUUUCUAAAACAAUUUCGGUUUUUGUAUGUUAUUUCAUUCGUUACUGGUGGUAUGUUCAUAACUUCAGUUUUACUCGUUUCUCCCGUAUUUAAGAACGAAAAAGACAUAUUCCUGAUCAGAGAAAUGUUCCAUAAUUGGGGGCAAAUCCUAGAAGUCGUGUUUUGGGCCGGUUUAUUUUUUCAGACUGUGUGGGCGAUUUUGAUCGCUUGUGUGCUAGCUUACGCAAUUUUCGGGAUAAAAUUUCAGUUGUCAUUGUUACUUUAUCAAAUAAAAGGGAUGAAGGGUUUGAGGCACCAGAGCAUGGUCAAAGAAAAGUUGCAUUCUGUUAUCAGACGACACGUUUGUUUGACAGGAUUCGUUCGGAAAGUUGUUAAAACGUACUGGGGCCUCCUGCAAGUCGAAGUCUGCAUGUUUCUCGUCGUCAACAUUUCGAUGCUUUUCUUCUUCAUAAACUCAUUUUCUCGGAGUGACUGGCAACAUAAUCUUCGCCCAUUGUGUAUCACUGUCACAAGUUUUAUGCUGACAACGUGUCUGAUUGUUUUGUGUUUACAGAUCCCUGAUAUGACGGGGCGCAUUUUUGACACAACUCUCGAACUUCCGUGGCACUUAUGGAAUAGUAAAAAUAGAAGGACUCUGCUUAUUUUUAUGACCAAUUCAGUGCAACCUAUUUAUAUAAAUAUACUAGGGUUGGGACGUUUGAAUUCAAGCUCCGUUUCGGAAUACGUUAAAAUGAUCUAUUCGACCACGACGGUCCUGUGCAGUCUCAGAGAAGGAAAAAAAUGAAUGUCUUUUUUGCAGUCACUCGUUUAUACAUAAUUAUUAAUUAUAUUAGACUGUAAUUCAAAAAGCAAUAAAUAAAUAGUUAAAAUCGUUCAUAAUUAAUAAUAAGGGCCUGUUCCCGAACCACACUUGUGGAAAGGUCGUGGAAAUUGUUUUCAUGACCACGUUACCUCUCCAGUUGUUUUUCGCAGUUUGGCUUCCUCUUUUCACACUGUUGUAAAGUUUACAAAUCAGAGUCUGAUUGCGGAAAAAUUGAGACUGCGGCCAAACAAAUAAAUCGCAUUUUUCGUAUUAACAAAAAUUUGCCAAAUUGCAGAUUCGUCAAUAAAUCUAUAAAAACUUCGUUUAGGACGCUUUUCCAUUUUCAGUUCUACGUGUCGUUCGUUGUCAACAUUUCCACGAU